UCUCCAAGCCAGCACCUUACUGGGAAGGAACAGCAGUCAUUAAUGGAGAGUUUAAAGAGCUGAAAUUAACAGAUUAUGAAGGAAAAUAUCUUGUCUUCUUCUUCUAUCCUCUUGACUUUACAUUUGUCUGUCCAACUGAGAUAAUCGCCUUCAGUGACAGAAUCGAAGAGUUCAGAGCAAUAAAUACUGAAGUGGUAGCAUGUUCCGUGGACUCCAAGUUCACUCACUUAGCGUGGAUUAAUACUCCUCGAAAACAAGGAGGACUUGGACCUAUGAAGAUUCCGCUUCUUUCAGAUUUGACACACCAAAUUUCAAAGGAUUAUGGAGUAUAUCUGGAAGAUCAAGGGCAUACACUUAGAGGCCUUUUCAUUGUUGACGAUAAGAGGAUCCUUCGACAGAUCACGAUGAAUGACCUUCCUGUUGGGAGAUCCGUGGAUGAAACACUUCGUUUAGUGCAAGCAUUCCAGUACACCGACAAGCACGGAGAAGUUUGUCCCGCUGGUUGGAAACCUGGCAGUGAAACAAUAAUUCCAGAUCCAGCUGGAAAACUGAAGUAUUUUGAUAAACUAAACUGAAGCUUGCUUCUGUUGAAUUACAUAGGUCACAUUCAACUUGAUUUUUGCCAAUAAAAUUUCAUUAAUUUUGUUA